AUGUCGUCGAGUCAACUUGGCAGUCAAUCUGGAGAACAUAUUACCCGCCAGACAGUUCAAGCUCUAAGCAAAUCCUCUCGUGACCGAGACCCAAAUCCCAGAAAGACCCAGGGCCAGCCCAUAACUCUGGGAGAGACUCGUCAGGCCCAGAACGACAUUCCUGGUCGGGCUCGAACCACUGGGCACACAUUCCCGGACCAGAUAUUCACUCGGCGCAAGGCUGUUGCACCGCAGCCACCUUCUCUUGAUACAGGCUCUAAUAACUCUCGCGACCUACCACCCGUGGAGAAAACUCGGCUGCCCAAAGCAACACCUUUGAAGUCAUCCUCUGGUGAUACUCACGGUCGUAUGAAGCCUAAAAAUGAAAGUUCUCGUAGUCCAAGCGCCGAGAGCCCUUUGAGUCGGCCACAAGGGAAGCAGAACAGCAAGGCAAUGCUUCGGAGUUCUGAGCAUAUUGUGACCAAUGGAUCGCCAAAUCCUCCCCAGAAGGGACAAAUCCGGCCGGGUCUCAAAACGCCUUCCCGCUCGCCAGCAGCAUCAAAAUCACCAGCACCUCUUAGGGCCCAUGGACAUAUGACAACCGCAUCGGUGAGCGACCGCUCACAAACCUCAGUUAAUUCCGGUAACUCGGCCGCCUCUACCGACUCUGUGGAGGCGUUCGUUAAGCGGAAUGGCCUCGAAGCAGCAGGUGACAGCAUGCCCAGGAUGCCACAUGAUUGGGUCUUGUGUGUUGACGGCACCAGGAACGAUAUGCUGAAGGAGCCCGAACUUGACAAGACAAACGUUGCGAGGAUCACCGAGCUAGUCAAGUCAGGCAGACAGGGGAAUAGAAUGGUUGCAGUUGCCUAUCAACAGGGCAUUGGCAGCAGUGGCGAGUGCAAGACAAAGGACGGCACUGCCAAGGGCUGGUUCCAGGACCUGCAAAAGGAUUUCCAGGCAAUGGCACCGAGUGAUGACCUGAUCACGAGGCUGGUGUCUAUCAACUACGCCUAUAUCAGCAUGAUGGUGUGCCCACAAAGGGACAGAAUCUUUCUGUUUGGGUUCUCCCGGGGUGCCUACAUCGCACAAAUAACCGCUGCUCUUGUGGCCGAUCUGGGAGUUUUCAACAACCAGCGGUUUUCAGAUGGUCCUGGAAACGGGAAAUACCACGAAAUCAUCCACAAAAUUGUCCAAAUCUGGAUCAAACAUCAAGGCAAGAUGAAACCAGAUACUUGGGCAGAUCUGAAACCGUAUGCCCAUGGCCUCGUGCUAGUGGACAUCGAAUUCCUCGGCCUCUUCGACAAGGUUGCCUCUGUUGGCAUGCCGGAUGUUGGUAUGGCAAACCUACAGAGUACAAGGUUCCGCUUCGCUGAGGACGUAUCCAAACGGCAGAGAAUUCGCAAUGCUUAUCACGCUGCCGCCAUAUCUGAACACCGCAAUAAUUUCAAGCCCGUUCUGUGGAAACAAGGAUCUGCCAAUGAGCACCGGCAGAAGGUGUCUCAAGUCUGGUUCCCCGGAUACCAUACCUCGAUCGGCGGAGGUAGUGGCAAACAGGGCAUGAUGGUCGAUCUCAUAGCCCUCGUGUGGAUGGUGUCCAAGUGUACAGGUCUUGCGGGCGUUAUAAACGAGGUCAACCUCGUAGAGAUGAUCAAGCUGGAUGGGCAGCACGCAGGAAAAUGGCACGGAAAAGAUAUAGCGGACUCCACAAAGGGAAUGUACGCAGGCCUGGGUGAUCAUUACCGUCAAGAACUUGGAUCGUCCAGCAUCGACAAGUUGCAUCAUUUGUGCAAAGAAACCGAAUGGCGGUCCCACUGUGCACCCAACAUGCCCAACAUCCUCGGCGAAAGGGAGCACCCAAUCACUAGGACACAAAUGAUGCUUGAUCAAGGCCGGUUUGAUACACCCAAUGUCUUCGAAGAGCGAAUGCUCAAGUUGUUCAAAGCUGUGGUCAAAGGUCCGGUAGCCUCGGUGCCACCCCCGAGCAAGCAGGCCAGCAAGCCAGCCAUCCGUGCAGGGACCGGUAUCUCUACCAUACGGAGGGACUGA